UUCAACUUCAGUUCAAGUGCGCAUGCAGCAGCCCUUCAUCAUGCCAUUCGAGAAAUUCGAAAGUGCAGGCAAGGACAGGAAGUGGAAGGAAGCGUUGGAUAAUUUCUUUCGUAAGAGACUGCAGUGUGCUCGGAGUGGCAGCUGCUAAGCCCUUUCGGGUGGCAUUUCAAGCAGAGAAAAAAGAAGCUUACAACAGAACGGUGUCCACGUGAGAACCUUUGGCUCAUGCUAUGCGAAGAUGCUGUGGAAUGGACUGAUACUCUUGUUCGCUGCUAGCGUCCUACAGCCGGGCCAUUGCAUUUUCGGCGGCAUCCCAGCACCACCAGCAACGACUUGCUCAAGACGCAUUGAGGUGGUGGAUGGCAUCGGCACGUUUCGCUGGCCCAGUACGCGUAUCCUAAGGGUUGCCAGGCUGCCAUGUCCCAACUUCGCCACCGCGUCCAUUGGAUAUGGCAAAGCGCCGAGUGCGACUCGGCUAUGCGGCCCGACAGGGUCCUGGAGUGACAGCAUCACACAUGUAUGCAACACGUUUAUAUCCACUCCAGUCUGCCCAAAGGUGGUGGAAACCAUACCCGGUAUUGGCCUGUUGACCUGGCUGACCACUGACAUGAACGAUGAAGCUGAGGCAGACUGUCCAGUCGUGCACUUUGCCAACGGGACACGGCUAGAUAACACCGGACAGAAAGCUAUGCGAUCAUGCAUUGCCGGGGACAAUCCUGGCUCAGCAAAGUGGGCGACGAGCGUCACUGACAAUUGCACGGCGUCUGCUCAGUACUGUCCAGCGGAGAAUGAGACUAUUUCGGCGGUGGAUGUGUUGACAUGGCCAGUGACUGCAGUGUACACCAGCGUAGUACUGGACUGCCCCGUUGUCUACUAUGCCAAUGGCUCUAACUCAUCGGAGAGUGGUGCAGAGGCAAGUCGUCGGUGUGUGCUGCUGAGCAAUGGAACUGCCAGUUGGUCAGUUCGUGCUGCCAGGACCUGUCAGACGCAGGAAGUGCUUUACUGCAAGUCCGAGAGAGAAGACCUUGGUGUUAAAGGCUCUGUCCGAUGGCCGCGUACAAGGCAGUAUUCUGGAGCUACAGUAGAUUGUCCCUCUUCGAAUUCUGGUGGACUGCUCGGCCUCUUGCCUGAUUUCGAGGCCAAACGUCGCUGUAUUCGUGACGAAACCGGUGCUGCUGUAUGGGCAAACAGUAAUACGGAUGAAUGCUUACCGAUAUUUGCCACUCCUGUCUGCCCAAAGGUGGUGGAAACCAUACCCGGUAUUGGCCUGUUGACCUGGCUGACCACUGACGUGAACGAUGAAGCUGAGGCAGACUGUCCAGUUGUGCACUUUGCCAACGGGACACGGCUAGACAACACCGGACAGAAAGCUAUGCGAUCAUGCAUUGCCGGGGACAAUCCUGGCUCAGCAAAGUGGGCGACGAGCGUCACUGACAAUUGCACAGCGUCUGCUCAGUACUGUCCAGCGGAGAAUGAGACUAUUUCGGCGGUGGAGGUGUUGACAUGGCCAGUGACUGCAGUAUACACCAGCGUUGUACUGGACUGCCCCGUUGUCUACCAUGCCAACGGCUCUAACUCAUCGGAGAGUGGUGCAGAGGCACGUCGUAGGUGUGUGCUGCUAACCAAUGGAACUGCCAGUUGGUCAGUUCGUACUGCCAGGACAUGUCAGACGCAGGAAGUGCUUUACUGCAAGUCCGAGAGAGAAGACCUUGGUGUUAAAGGCUCUGUCCGAUGGCCGCGUACGAGGCAGUUCUCUAGAGCUACAGUAGAUUGUCCCUCUUCGAAUUCAGGUGGACUGCUCGGCCUCCUGCCUGAUUUCGAGGCCAAACGUCUCUGUAUUCGUGACGACACCGGUGCUGCUGUAUGGGCAAACAGUAAUACGGAUGAAUGCUUACCGACAUUGGGAGCACGCUGUCCUGCUGAAGUAGAGAGGAUAGGAAACCUUGGAACAAUCCAAUGGCCCGAAUCACAGCCCCUGGAUCAGCCAGUGGUGGUGGCAUGCCCCGGUAGGGGGAAUAGAAGUGUGAUUGCCUACGCCACUAGAACUUGUCUGUUUGAUGAGGACGGAGAUGCCACAUGGUCCCCAAGCCUCACACAACCUUGCAAUGACCUUCCUACGUGCAAGAAGGAGGUGGAGGAAGUACAUGGACGAGGUCGCUUUGUAUGGCCGGAGACGGCUGCACUGUCGCUUGUUGUGCUGGACUGUCCAGCAGGUGGCAACGGAUCUGAUUCGUCCAGUGACGGUAAAGCAGUCAGGCAUUGCGGUCGGGACGGCUGGAUAUCCAGCAUUACAGAGACUUGCCGCCUGAUUGACACCAGUUUAGAUAAACUAGAUGAUCUGAAGGAUGCGUUCUCCGAUAUCUCCAGCCCAGAAGACGUGGAGCAAAUAGCCGAACGGGCGCUCGAACUCGCGCAGAGUAUUAUUAACGAGACGCAUGCCGAAGAAGCCGUUGACAUCUUGCAGCUGCUGGUCAGACAAACUAACCUCACACUCCAGGCGACUACCUCAAUCCUGGAAAAUGCGGACACCAUUGCAGAUCAAAUCGGAUCAUUGUUUUCUUCUUCGGAUGAUUACCGAUCCAUCACAGCAAGGCUGAUACAGGUCUUGGAUGAUCUUCUGGAAGGGGUCGAUGUCGAGUUGGGAAACCCAGUCAUCGCAAUGACACGCACCUCCGCCCUGGGUGCCCUGUGUCCGGGCGACGCCACCGAUAACAUCGUCAUGGCAACGGAAAUGGCUGCCGGUGGUCUUCUGAACAUGACGCUUAGUGGAGCCGAGAACACGACGACCGGUGGUGGUAAUGCUGCUGCUAGCCAAAUGGAGAGGCUCGCGUCGUUCCUUGUUCCGGGUGAAGCAUUCGAUUUCACACCGCGACGAGGCUUUCUCUGUCCGCGCCCUGUUGUGAAGUUCCUUGUUCAGACGGAAAACUCCCUGUACUUGAGCUUUGAGAACGGGUCGGUUUACUCGACGGUACGGAACCAAUCACUCGUCUCUUCGCCAGUCAUCACCGCCGUCGUUAGUGAACGAGAUAGCAUCCAAUUCACAUCGCAGAAUGGCAUGAUUGCACUCAAGACAGAUAAGCCAUCAACAACCCACACUGCGACCUGCGCCUUCUGGGACCUGAAUGCAAGACAAUGGAACUCCAGUGGAUGUACCACUCUCUCCAGUGAUGAGCACCCAUUCCUCACUGAAUGUCAUUGCAACCACCUCACUAGCUUCGCAGUACUCAUGACGCCGAAGGGGAGUGUUCACACGGGCAAAGCUCUGUCGAUUGUGACUAUCGUUGGUGCUUCACUGUCCAUAGUGUGUCUUGUCCUCACAGUCCUCUCACAGAUACUCGUUCUGUGGAAGAAUCCGAAACGCCGUGACAAAAGCAUACACGUCCUGACCCUGGUUCAAGCGCUGGCCAUGAUCCUCUUUCUCGUCCUGUUCCUGACUGCAGUGAAGACAAGUAAUGAGAACGCGUGUACAUUCGUUGCUAUGUUACUGCACUACUUACUUCUCGUGCAGUUCAUCUGCACCCUGGCCCUGGCCACGUCUCUCAUACAGCAGCUGGUUGUUGUCUUUGAGACCGACAAUCUCAACAAGAUCAAACUUGUUGCCUACGUAUCCAUUCCUGUGUUUCCAUCACUGGUUGUGGGCGUAGCAGCAGGAGCUAGCAAUCUUGACAUCUACACAUCAAGUUAUAGCACUGACGGUGAUGAUCAACUCAAUGGCCUAUGCUGGCUGAGUACAGCGGGUAUGCAGUACGCACUGUAUCCGAUAAUUGCCAUCGUACUCUUGAUCAACUUCGUUGUACUAGGCGUCGUGUCCAGGCGGCUUAGCCAGCGAGGACAAGCAACAAAGUCAUCGUCAAAGGGCAAGCGCACCGACACUCCCACAGGAGUACUGGAAACGCUACGUCUGGCAGUGCUGUUCGCCGUCAUGCUCGGAGCUAUGUGGAUCAUCGGAGGAAUCAUGGUGGCCGCCCGCUACUCCCUGGCACUGCAGAUCAUUUUUGUGGUGUUCCUGCCAUUGCAGGGCGUCUUCCAGUUCCUUCUUCUCACCGUGCGUAACAAGAAGAUACGUAGUGAAUGGAAGGCAGUCAUCACCGGAACCAAAUCAACAAAGUACCAACCAUCGGCAGGCACGACAAAGAAACACUACACCCGUGCGAGUAAUGUAGCGAAUAGCCCGCUGACAACAAGGCACCGUACAUCCUCCACACCGCUGGCAUCGCUGCAGUCCUCCGCCGGAGCGUCCACUCUGCAGCCGGGUAGUACCGUGCCACGUGUACAGUUCGCCGAGACCAGUACGCUGGGGGGAAACUUGAACAGUCUGGAUGUAUCCGCUAGAUCCAGUCCAGCCUUGGUGUCCCGUACAAGCCCCGCGCCCGAUGCACAAAGCAGUGCCUCAGUGGAUGCAAGUCACGAAUCAAUUGCUGCUGACAAGCAGCAGACUCGACACGAGGGGGAUACCAGUGAUCUACAGCACAUGGACACUUCCACCCAUGAUUUGGACCAUGACACUGUGUCUUCGUCUGCUGAUCGCGUAGAAGACUCGGCCAGAGAGUCUGUGGAUGAAACAAAGACCACUUGCGACCACCACCACCCCUGAGUGUUUAUAUAGGGACAGCCACACAGCAGUGGCAUGUAUCGCUGGAAGAUGUGUGCCAACAUUGCGCUUUUAGAAAACACACUUGUGGCACUGGUGGAUACUGGUGUCCACUACGGACAUGGUGUUGUCCUCAGAGUCAUACCGCAGAGCUAAUACCUGAGAAUGAAACCGUUCCUUUGCUUGAACAAAUAGAUAAUAACGAAAAGGCUUAGGAAGAGAUCAUACGCUUUUGAGAUUCACCUUUCCAUUCGAAUUAUAUAGCACCACUUGAGAAAGCAACUUUACGUACCGACGUAUCUUUUUCUGUUAAAGCUUUUUUCAUGUCGAGUACAAUUUUUCCGGGCAGUCCUCAAGAAUUCCUGCACAAUGUCAUCACGAUUGAUACACGAUGUCGUGACAAUUGCUAAAGCCCCCGCCUAAUGUUUACAGAUAUUCGCCUGAAAAUGACCUCUGUAUCCUUCAUGUUGCCGUUACCCCAAAUAUGUUCAUCUUGAUCCUUAACCGAAGAGAUUGAGCUAAGAGAAUAUGCAGCAGAUACAGUAUGGAUUUAACAUAAUAGUAUGGAUUUAACACUAAGGUAGAUAAUAAUAAUAACAUGAAUUUAGAUUUGAUCUUAAGGUACUUUUUUCCAUUUUUUGUGAGAACAUUAAACACUUUUGCUUCUCAAGCUAGACAAGUACUUGCAUCGCUU